GGUUUCCUUUACGCCGUUUGAAGACCCAGUCUGCUCACCAGAGGGUCACGUCUACGACAUUGUCAACAUCGUGCCGUACAUCCAAAAGUUCAAGCGUAACCCGGUUACCGGCAAGCCUCUGGCCCUCAAGGAUCUGAUCAAGCUUCAUUUCCACAAGAACGCUGAUGGCGAGUACCACUGCCCGGUUUUGAAGAAGGUGUUUACCGAGUUUACCCACAUCGUGGCUGUCAAGACAACCGGCAACGUGUUCUGCUAUGAGGCCAUCAAGGAGCUGAACGUGAAGCCCAAGAACUGGAAGGAGCUGCUGACGGAUGAGCCCUUCACACGUGCUGACAUCAUCACCAUUCAGGCAUGUGACGUCACAUCAUCACCAUUCAGGCAUGUGACGUCACAUCACCAUUCAGGCAUGUGA